AUGCCGACCCCGGCAAUCCGGGGCGCAGGGAGCAACCGGCCAGUGACCGGGGACCCGGAAGAGGAGUACCUGGAGGCAUCCGAGUUCCGGAGCAUUGCCAUCGAGGUGCCCGGAUGCCACAUUCAAGAGGUGGAAGAAGGGCUGCAGAGACUCCGUCAGCAGUUCGAAGCAGAGAUCCAAAGCAUCACGGCUCGCUUGGGGACAGUCGAAAAGCAGCUUGCCUUUUCGGAGAUACCCAAUCCGAACUUCCAAGAUGCAUCUCCGAACAGCUCAGCCGAAAAGGUUGGCUCUGUGAAGACGGAAGGCAGAUCUACACUUGUGCACUUCGAGGAGCGUGCAUGGAACAUCCCGUUGGUCCUUGGUCUCGCAGAUGUGGGCUGGUUUGACAACGUCUUUGCAGUGCUUCUGGUACUCUUGAACCUGCUGAUGCAAGGGUCGUUUUCGCAGAUUCUGUUAUCGGAGUACUUCAUGGGUGAGCCGUUCGAGACGAACUUGCAGAGUGCCAAGACAUGGCGGACAAGCAUAGCUCAUGACUCUCGUUACCUGGACUUGGCCGGAACGAGCCUAGUUUCUCGCGUGUGCGCUGGCGAUGGGUCUUUAAUCCUCUCCACGGUGCAGGCCACGCUUGUUCAGCAAAUCAACGACUUCUUGGGCUUGCAAACGGGCGAAUUUGAGUUCAACUUAUUUCAGCCGGGCACUCUUUUGUGCUUGCUGUGCAUUCUGCUGUGGAGCUUGUGCGUCUACAAGGCCAGCACGACGGACUUCCGCGACAACACGAUUCACAGCCUGUCCUGGGGUCGAGCCCUGGCACUGCUGAUCACGUACAUCGUUCGAGCAGGCAUCGCCUCCGUGCUUCUGGUUGCCGGAAUCCUAUGGCUGGCAAGGACAACAUCGAUUGAGGAGCUGAUGCUGAACUCGGUUGCUUUGAACGCCAUCUUGGAUGUGGAUGAGUUCCUCUUCGAGGGCAUGACGCCAAUCAAGAUCCAGCACGCGAUACGAAGUGUCGAGCCCAUCAAAGUUAGUUACUCUCACCGGCGCAGCCAGAUGGAGUCCAUGGUGCAUUUCCUUGCAGUGGUGGUAACGGUGUUGGCUUCGUAUCUGUUCCUGCUCGUGCCUCUUUGCGACACCAUGAUGGCUGUCAAGCGCGAGCUGUGCGAUGGCCAGACAGACUUCGUGGUCGCGUACAGCACGGACACGCAGAUCUCAUGGGGCCUUUUCACUGAGGACCUCGAGACAGUGCAAAACUCAUACGAGAUAUCGCCCAUCGAACGAUCGGUGAUGUCUCAAAAGGGUACGCCUUCAAGCCUGGAAAAGACCUGGCCUCAGACCAUAUGGUUUGCAGCCGACAGGCGUUCUUUCGACACCGACGUUGACCGGUCGAUUUCCAGUCUUGGGAACGUCUUUCCAUUCUGCAUGGAGACCACCGUCCUACUGGAGACUGGGGAGGUGCAUGGAGACGCUGCCUUGCAGCCGAUCAUUGAGAACGUUUUGCGAAACGCUGCGUCAGCACUUGGGCGACCAGAUGCUACCACCUGUGCAGAGCUGGCUGACUUGUGCAGCAUGUCAGAUGCCCGACUCCUCCGAGUGGUCUGUGGUCAGUACAAGGUGGAGCACAUGGGCUGUGCGACGCCGUGCCUCGCCGAAGCCGAGGCGAAGCUUCCAAGUGUCUCCUGCGAGGUUAUCAACGAUGCCGGUUGGCAGGCGUUCUGGCAUCAGUAUGACGAUGCACUCAUCGGGUACUAUGGAGAGGGUGUCACUCAGACCCAGUUCUUCGGUCUCAUAAAUUCUACAGCCCAGGCCUUUCUGACUAACGGUUGCCCGGUCAUGGAGACAAUUCCGACCGAGCUCUUGACGGGCGUUUCCUGGUGUGACGGCCAGCCGGAGCUGUUUCGCCCUUUAGCCUCUGUGCACUUCGGGGAGCUCCGAAGCGAUGCCUUCCAACAGAGCUACGCAAAUGUGGGCAAAGAACACCAUCGGCUCCCAGACAUGGGACCUACGAUAGUGAUUUUUAUCGCUUGCACGGUUUACACUCUGGAGCCGGACAUCACCAGGUCGGACCGUCGACAGAGUGCAUUGAACAUGGUCUUGUACGAGCAGCUGCGAGAAGAUUGCGGAGUCACCAUGAUCUUCUGCGUCCAUCCAGAUCGGACGUUCGCCUCCGCAGCCCGCUCCACGCGCAUCCGUGAUCUGAAGUCCAGCGCUCGAACUGUGCAAGCAGUCUCCUGCGCCGGAUCUUCGACUCUCCAAGAAACUCGCCUCUCCAAGAAACUACCGGACAUGUUUGCGAAUCCAUCUACACUCUCUUCCUUCGCACAGGAGUUCCAGCCAAGUGGAGCUGCUCCUGUGCAAUCCAUGCAGAAUCCAUAUUAUUCGUCCCCGGGCAAAUACUGCCAAUACCGUGGCCAGGAGCAGAUGCAGCAAGCCACCAUGGGUGGCUACUACACGAACACGGGGUAUGGCUACGACUGCUACCAGAAUGUGGCCUACCCCAGCGCAGCCUUCACCGGUGACGGCUACAACCAGGGCUACUAUGGAAAUGGCCAGUACACCAACGCCAAUCUUGGCCACUACUCCAAGAGCACCUACAACAGGGAAAACCGCAACCCUCGUGCAGCCGCAAUCAACCUUGAUGACUUCUCUGACAUCUCCGAUUCAGAUUCUGACGCAGACACCCCCAGCAAAAUCACUUCGCCAGAGAAGAAGGUGCCGGAUGCCCUGGAGACCUCCAGCGAUACCUCUGAGGAUGCUGAGCCGGCAGAGGAGCCCUCACCGUGCGCCGCCGCUGAAGCUCCGGGUUUGCUGGAGGACGCCACCUCAGACACAGAGCCCUCACUCAGCUCCACUGCUUCGGAGCCGGAAGCCGAGGAGCUUGGCCCGAUGAGCGAAGUGGACUCAGAACCGGAGACGGUCUUCAGCCUGAAGCAGAUGCUGAUGUGGCGUGACGCCGUCUUGAAGUCGGAGAAGCCACUGAUCCUCUAUCGCACCCAGGUCGUUGAAGAGAAAACUCCUGUAACGGAGCCGGUGCCUGUGACCAAGACUCCCAAGGGCAAGGCUAAGGCGCAGGCCCAGGUCUCCAAGAGCAAGGCUGGAAAGCUAGAGGUCUCUGAGAAUUCCUGGACCGCCCAGCAGCGCAAGCUAAAGUCGGAGGCGUCCCAUGUCGACGGCUGUGAGCAAGUGGCCCGUACCAUCAAGUCCAUCUUGAACAAGUUGACCCUCGAGAAGUUUGCGAGCCUCUCCCAGCAACUUCUGCAAUGCGGCCUUCGUACAUCCACACACGUCGAGGUGUUGAUCCACGAGGUCUUCGAGAAGGCAACCACGCAGCACCAUUUCAUCGACAUGUACGCCGAUCUUUGCGUGCUCCUGCACGAGCACUUCACUGCACACCCCUUCGAGAAUUGCUCUGGAGGAAAGGCCGAUGGGCGCAAGAUGACUUUCAAGAGGCUGCUGCUGGAUGAGUGCCAGCUGUCUUUCGAGCGCCUGCUGUCGCCACCUGAAGGCCUCGAGCUCCUCGAAGCAGAGGAGCGCACGGCGGCCGAGGUCCGCUACAAGACAAGCAUGCUGGGCAACAUCCGCCUCGUCGCUGGCCUCCUCUCACGCGGCAUGCUCGCCUGCAGAGUCGGCAUCGCCAUCCUGGAGGAGCUCCUGUCGAAUCCUACUCCGGAAGCCCUGGAGUCCAUCGCCGCCAUGCUGACGGUGCUGGGCCCAACCGCCGACAACAAGGACUGGCCACAGUACAAGGCCUUGAACGCCGUCUUCGACCAGAUCUCCACCAUCGUGAAAGCCAAGAAAUGCCCUGCUCGCGAGCGCUUCCUCCUAAAGGAUCUCUUGGACCUUCGGAGCGCUCGCUGGGUGGACAAGCGGCCGAAGAAGAUCGAGCGGGCAAUGACGCUGGCCCAGGUGGCUGACAGCGCCUCCGGCCGCAAAGUGGAGGAGCGCCUGAUUCGCAAAGUGGCCUCCACGCCUGCUCCGGUCACGGCAUUCCCGGCCUACGACCAGGAGAAGUUCCGCGAGGGCACCAAGAAGGCAUUGGUGGAGCUGCGGCACAGCGGAUGCUUGGAGGAGGCCGUGAAGAGGAUGAAGGCCGAGGCCCUGGGAGUGCCACCAGAGAAGGAUCAGGCUGCUGAGGUUUCUGAGAUUCUCUGCUUUGCUGUGCAGGAGGCUGCGUCCUCUGUGCGUGAGUUGGAUCUCAAGGCUCUGCGUCUUGUUGCGGAGAGCUGGAAGAAGGAUGUGCUGGCACAGGGUGCUGGCCUCUUCGUCAAGGACAUCGCUCCCGACUUGGCCUUUGAUGUCCCCGGCUUGAGCAAGAUCCUGUCGGAGGAGGUGUGCGUGCUGCUUCCCGAGGCAGCAGAUGCUGUGAACAUCUUCCUGGGUUGA